GUUUCAAAGACGUUUCAUUUCUUUAUCCUGCUUCCUCCUUUUUCCCCCCCCGUCCCGACUCCCGUCCUCGGAGGGGUGGGGGGAAAUAUUCAAGGCGACGGGUAGAAUUAAUCGGGACACUUUCAAACAUGUUCGGCGUAAAAGGUGCAGCGUAAAUUUAAUCUGAUGUGAAUGACUGGCGACUGUUCGUUAUCCUUGUUUUGAGAAAGCAAACAAGAGGAGGCCUGUCGGGCUCUGGGCCCCACCGAUUUUGGAAAUAUAGCGCAUUGAAAUGUUGGUUCACGGUUUACGACCUGAGGUUUAAAGGUUUCUGAGUGUUCAGAGUAAGGAAGAUUAUUGAUAUGGUUGGAAUUAUUGCUAUGGCCGGUAUUGUGGAGGAAUAUCAUCAGCCAUGCAAGAAACAGAAAAAAGAUGCAGAGGAUUCCUACACAAAAACAAUCACAAGCUACUUUUCACCAGUAUCCAAAUCCAUUGACACAGCUUUUCCGUCACCAAAAUCCAGUAACAUAAUGGAUUACUUCAAGAAAACUCCAGGACAAAAUGUUGCUUCAAUUGCAUCCAGUGAAUGUGAAGGAAAGAAUUCAGUGGUAACAUCUGUAGACCAUAAUAAAGAAUCAGUAGUGGCAUCUGAAGGGAAACCCCAAACGUUAAAGGGCAAAAGACUCAGAAGAACUAACUUAAGUCGGAAGUUGAAUGAAUGCCACAAGAUUGUUGAGAUCAGUGAUACUAGUAACUGUAGUGUUGGAGAAGUGUGUGACGUAAGAUCAGGCAUUGGAGUUCUUGGGAGUGAUACAGCUGCAUUGAUUGCUCAGCUUUGUGCAGAGAGCCAAGAUAUAUUCACAGAGAAUGAGGAAAGUGUUUAUCUGGAUUCCAGUGCUCCACAAAGAGAAAUGAAAGGGGAGAACAAAAAAAAUAUCUGCAAUGAAAUUGUCAAUCAUUCAAGUAAAAAAAUCUCCAAAAAAACACGGAAAAGAAAGACUACAAGUAAACCUGAAGGUUCCUCAGAACAGUCAGAUGUUGAACUUGUGACAAAAGAUGAUUACUGUGAGAGGGGAGUUGAAGUGGCAAAAUCUAAAGGGGCUACUACUAUUCCCAUGAUUAAUGAAAGUGAAAGAAUAUGUCUCAGUGAGACAAAUUUGGAAACAGCAGCUGAUGAGUCUUCUCAGGCAAAUGACAGCACUGUGACUGUAUCAUUUGAAGAUUUUAUGAAGAAUCAAGGAACUGAAGAGCCUUCAGAAAAGGCAGCAGAGACCAACUCUGAGAUAAUCAAGGAGAGUAACGAGCUUCCCAAUUUAUUAGAAGACACGAGUUCAGUUUCUCCUCAACCAAUCUCUCCAAAAACCGUAACUGUCCAUGUUCAAAUUCAUUCUAGUCCUGUAUCUACCUCAGCUCAAAAUUCCAAAAUGAAACCAAAAAAAAUAGCCUCAAUUUUUUUGAGAAAGAAAGCAGAUUCUGAAAGCGAAGUUGUUGAAAUCCAACAGCUGAGUCAGCAUCCUGCUGAGACCCCUGAUUCAGUUCCUGCAAGGAGAUCUAACGUGGUGAUAGCAGAGGAGGAAUUGGAGUUAUUGGUAUUGGAUGCCACUGAAAAGAGUCCCAUGAAGGCCAAGUGUAGUCGAGCUGAAAGGGAACAAUUUAUGAAUGCUUUUAGGCGAUCUGCCUCUUCAGAUCUGGCAAAAAACAGGCUUAAAAAGGUAACGCAGAAAUCAAAAGCCUGCAAGCAAGAUUUAGCACAAGGUGAAGGUGGUGAUGAUGAGCCUCGUCUCGAGAAGGGAAAUGGGGAAUUCAUCCAGACUACAAAUGCUGAGAUGUCAAACCAAGGCAGUAAAGAUUCUAGUGUGGAAAGCAGAAAAUCUAUAGGUGCAACUUUGAAGAAGAAGAAGAAGAAAAAGUUAAAACGUAGAAAAGUUAGAGCUGAAUGGAAAAAUCAAGAUGAUUGUAAUACAACAGAAGGUAAAUUUAAUUCUGAUCUGAAUCCGGGCAAUAUCACAACUGAAGAAUCAAGAGACUCCAUGCCUUUCGAUCCAACAACAACACGAUCGAGUGAAACUUGUAGAACUACGCGGAGGAGCCUUAGACAGCAAAGAGAUGCUUUGAACUAUUGCCUGACACCAAAUAAAGCCAUCAGAGUGGAUUGUCUAGGCGUUCCAGCUUGUCAGUCAACUCCAAAAUUGACACGUUGGUCUUCCAAAGAAAACAGCAUCUACAAAGCAGAAAUGAUUCCCAUGACCUGUAGCAAAAGUCCAAUCAGAAUGAAGUUUACACGAAUUACUCGGUCAAAAACUGACGUAAAAACAAAGAAAACGGAUGAGAACAUGGAAUUUACUCCCAGGAGCAACCAGCGGAUGUGCCAAUCCAAGAAUAUGGUCAAAGCAAAAAAGUUGGUUGAAAAAGCGAAAGCACAGAGCAAGAGUCGAAGUCCUGUCGAAUCCAUCACACCACUGAGACGAUCAUCUCGACAGCAGGCCAAAUCUGAUGAGAAGUAUCAUAGGACUGAGAACUUGGCAAUUAAUUUGAAUGCAAGUGAAGAAAGCGACUUGGUCAGUACAAUUGAACAUGGAAAGAAAGCCAAAAAAUUGAGAAAUUUAAGUGAUGUCUUAGGAAAGAAUCCAGGUAAAUCAUCAACAACCAAGAGAACUAUAGCUGAACUCAAGGUUGCUUCCAUAUUUUGUGGUAAAAAAGCAGUCAAACAUGCACCAUUGGGACCAAUCACCAUUGUCGACGAUAGCACUUAUAAUGGCUCCGAAAAUUCUCAGGGCACAGAAGAGUUUAAAGCUAAGCGUCAGUUUCUGAUGAGUGGAUUACCAGAUAAAUUGAAAAAACACAUAGCAAAGACAGCAGCAGUGAUGGAGGUCUACUCUGCUGCAAGCACUGCUUUCCAAACUGUCGUUCAUGUUCAGCAAAAAAGUCAAGUUUCAUUGUUAUGGGAUCUAGCUUGGCCCAAGUCUACUAUUCUAACCCACUUCCGGGAUAUGAAUGAAGGAAUGGAAAGAAUUCUGAAAGACUCCCUUGCCCUUGGAGAUUUCUCUGAAGUGAAAUACACAUUCAAUACCACUGAAUCUUGGACUGGGAUAUCUACCUCAAGGACAGAAUUCUCCCAGGACAUCCAGAAGUGUUUACUUGAAGAAAUUAGGUCAUCCAAUCCAGAGUUUCCUGUUCGAAAACUUUUCAAAUCAUUACUCCAGAAACGAACUGAAUAUCUUGCACAGACUGUCAAAGCAGAGAUAGAUACCAAGCCUCAACAAGUGUUACCUCUGUGCAGCGGUCCACAACAAUCUUUGGGUAAAAGGAAGAGAAAGAAGGAAAGACAGGAACAGAAACAAAAGAGGAGGAAAACACUUGACGGUGAUCCGAGCUCAGUUAUUAUCAUUAGUGAUGAAUGCACCCCAGUAAUGUCUGCGCAAUGUGAGAAAUCCACCAAGAGAAACAGCAGACGUGCCCAAACCCUGAAUGAUGUGACUCUUUCCAAAACUAGCCUCCGGCGAUCUGUUAAGCAAAAACAGCAAGAGUUGAAAACUGGAGCAGCAGAAACACAGAAUAUGCCUGCUGUAUCACAAAUCCCUGAACUAACUGACCAACCAAAGGUGGAGGAAGCUGCAACUUCAGAUGACCCAGUCAAGGAAGAUCUGCUAUGGACAGAGCAAUACCAGCCGCAGCACUCCAGUGAACUUGUGGGAAAUCUCAAUGCUGUCAGAAAAUUACGCAGUUGGUUAAUGGAAUGGAAGAAGAGAGCUGAUAAGGAAGAAAAGAAAAAACAGAAGGAGAAAAAGACUGAAAAAGACAAGAAGUUGGAUGUUUGGGACAACAGUGACUUUAAUAUGGAGAGUUCCGAGGAUGAGGAUUCUUUAUGCAAUACAGUGCUAAUUACUGGACCAGCUGGAGUUGGGAAAACUGCUGCAGUUUAUGCUUGUGCUCAGGAGUUAGGUUUUAAGGUAUUUGAAGUAAACGCUUCAUCUCAGCGAAGUGGCAGACAGAUUCUCUCUCAACUUAAAGAAGCCACUCAAUCUCACCAAGUUGAUAAACAGGGAACAAAUGCCCUAAAGCCUACCUUCUUCAACAGCAACAAGUUUCAGUCUUCUCAAACAACAAAAUCUCCAAAAAAAGCACAUUCACCCAAAAAAGUAGUCUCUUCACCCAGGAGGGCACCCCAGUCCCCAAAGGGAAAGAUCUCAAAGAAGAACCUAGCACCACAUUCUUUAACCAAUUUCUUCAAAGGUCUGUCAAAACAGAACAAAACUGAAGAAGCAGAAAAUUUUGAAGAUAAGGAGAUGAAGGACAAGCCACAGAAGAAUUGUAAGGCCCAGAGGAUCACCCCUCAAAUUGUGGAUGUAACUAGGGACUCCCUCUUGACUGAAAGCAAGGACACUGGCUCUGAAGAAUCCAGCAAAAAAAGUGCCACAUCACUCAUCCUUUUUGAGGAGGUGGAUGUAAUAUUUGAUGAUGAUGCUGGAUUUCUAAGUGCAAUCAAGACCUUCAUGACAACAGCAAAGCGGCCAGUUAUACUCACCACCACUGAUCCUAACUUCAGUUUAAUGUUUGAGUGCUGGUUUGAAGAAAUCUGUUUCAAAGUGCCAUCCUUGGCAAAUGUUGCCAGCUACCUACAGCUUUUGUGCCUAGCUGAAAACUUAAGGACCGAUAUGAAGGAUCUCAGUGCGCUGCUUGCCCUCAAUAAGUGUGACAUUCGACAGAGCAUCCUUCACCUGCAGUUUUGGGUGCGAAGUGGAGGUGGCUAUCCAGUGGAUAAGCUUCUCCCUGCUGAAGGAAUAAGAAUGACUGCAAGCCCAGUUCAAGAAGAAUUGGUCGGAAAUGCAGUUCCUGCCAAAGACACCCUGGAGAAUUUGUCAAAGAGCAGCUCCAUUGUGAAGAUGCAGGAUGUUCCCAAAUGCAGCACAGGAUGCACAGAGAGCCUGCUUGGUUUCAAAUACUUUACUGGACCAUCAAGCAAUCUAUUUUCCAUGUUCAAGCAGGAUGUCAUUUCACUGGAGCAACAGAGAAGUCAAGUACAGAUCCUCCUGGAGUUUCAAAGGAGGCGGCUGGACUUUAUAUUCCACAACUUGCAGUUUCUUCUGCCACUACCAGUCCGAAUUAUUCCUGAUGCAAAAAGGCCUGAAAAUCUAGUAUCUGAACACACUGAGUCUUCCGUCAGUAAACCUAUACAGGCAGCUGGAAGAAUUCUUCAGGGAGGUGACAUAUUUCCUGAUGCCAGCACUGUAAAAUUUUUGGAUAAGAAAAAGCAUCACAGAAAGGCCAUCUUGUUUGAUGACAGCGAUCUAUUUGACACAGAUGAGAGCAAUACCUUUGUGACUUUACUGAAUGAUAUUCCUACCUCACCUGAAGUUGCUGAUAAAGCAGCACAAAGCCAAGCCAGUAAAGUGAGUGGGGGUGGGCCUGUCAUGGAUAAGACUGAUUCCUCUAGAGUUAUUGAAGAGAAGUCAAGAACAUCAGCAGAACGAAAGUGUAGUGAGUUAGUAUCUUUGUGUCUCAGAUCACUAGCUGAGUUCACAGACAAUAUCUCAUUCUUGGACAGCUGCCUCCACACACGCAUGGUUGAAACAGAGGGUUCAUGUGGACAGCGUGAUUAUUACUGGGCUGCUGCAGAAAUUAAAAAUGGCGUGUUGGAUGAGAGGAGGGAUGAGUCAGGAGAUUGGUGGUCUACUCACAGCUUUGGGGAAAUUAGAGCCACUGUGGAAGCCUUGAGCUGGAAGAAGUGUCGGUUGCAGAUUCAGCAAUCCAUAGAGUCAGCUGUCACCAAGUGCAGGAAACCAGGAGAAAGCCCAAUGGAGAAGCUCACCCUUCACAUUCCAAAUAACCAAAACAGUAAUGCUUUAUUCACACAAUGUCCGCAUUAUCUCACAAGUAUUGCAUCUAAAAGAAUAGAGGUGCUGAAAACUGUAUUCUCGAGCAAGGCAUUUCUAAGUCUGGGUAACAGACGAGCAAGUGCUGUGGAGUAUCUGCCAUCUCUCCGCACUAUUUGUAGGACAGAGAAACUGAAAGAACAAGGCAAACUAAAACGCAGAUUUUUGCAUUAUUUGGAUAGUGUGCACUUGGAGCUACCUAAAAGCACUCUGAAAGCCCUUGCAAACAGUUUUCCAUGAAGAUUUCAACUUGACUCAUUGUAUAGUGAAUUAUCACAUUUGAGGCAGACUGUAUUACUGGGUUAUUUUUCUCCCUGGCUUUUUACUUCAUUACUGUGUCCACUGUAUAUAUGUGUAUUUUGUGGAGACAUUUUUGUACAGUAAAGUGAUGUGAAACUGUGUAGGAAAAUGUUGGUAAUGUUAAUUUAAUUACAGUGGAACAAUUAAAUCUGCUGUCUAAGAAUGUAAAAAUCCAAUUCAUAAUAAUUUUGAGUGCCUGAAGUUGAUCUAUAACACUUCUGCCCUCCUAUUUUGUUAGUAUUUGUUUAACAAGUACCUUGUCGUAUCUCACCCAAUAAUCCAUGAGUCAAAAGGGAAAGACUGAAUCAUUGCAGCCAAGGCAGUGUUGUGUUAAUCUGUCAUUGGCACUUCAUGCAUACCAGCAUGGGCCACUGGAUGGGUAUCAGGAGUGAGAAUGCUGAAGAAUAUACCUCCUCCCUGCCUCUCUCUCUCUUUCCUUCCACACACCCCCUCCCCUCCCCUCUAGCUCGAGGCAAUGGAAGUAUUUUAACUACAGAGGAUGAAUAACAAUUUUGAUUUUCCCUCCCUUCAGUUCCAUGCCCAGGAAUAUUUUUGAUUGAAAGAUGCAAAAUUUGGUUUAUAAAUCUUCCAUUAGUGUUAUAAACAUGACCAAUUUCAGACCUUGCGAUCAGAUAAGUAUCUUGGUGUCAAAUAGCUGACCCUAAGCUGCUUGUAACUGUCUGAAUGUGACAGUCUCUUUGGGCUGCUGAGGUGAAUGUUGUCAUAAAUCAUGAAUGGCUGUAAUCCAUUCUCCGUUUCAUUAAAGCUUUUUAUUGUUACAAUUUUAUAUUACAUGAAUCUUACAAAGGAUGGAGUACCCUUGCAUUACAUAGUGUGAUU